GACGCGCAAUGGUUCGCAGAGCCUCGGGUCCUCCCUCCCGCUUUGCACAUGAUCCGUAAUCUCGCGCAGAGGAGAGAGCCAGGAAUGCGCAGAGGAGCGACACCAACGAGGACGGAGCGAAUCCACGCUGCCUCCAAGAUGCGUUUGUUUUACACCGCGAUCAUCUGGGCGACAUUAGUCCGCUGCACAGCUGGAAUCCCCUGGACCCAGCAAAAGCACCAUCACCGAGCUGUGACUCUGACACAAGACGAGAUCCGCGCCGGUCUGUCCCACACCGACCUGGAGACUAUGUGGCAGAGGGACCUGAGGCCGCUGCUGGUCACCAGGUACCCAGGCUCUGCGGGCAGUCAGGCCGUGCAGGAGCAUAUCAAAACCACCCUGCGUUCCCUCGGAGCGGGCUGGGAGGUGACGGAGGACACGUUUGUGUCGGAAACGCCUUACGGCCAGCUGCCUUUCGCCAACAUAGUCGCCACCCUCAACUCGACGGCCCACCGGCGCCUGGUCCUCGCCUGUCACUACGACUCCAAGUACUACCCACCGCAGUGGCACGGGAGGGAGUUCCAAGGCGCCACGGACUCGGCCGUUCCCUGCGCCAUGAUGCUGGAGCUGGCGCGCGCGCUGGAUGAGGAACUGAAAGCUCACAAGAGCACCAGUUCUGACCUGACCCUGCAGUUGCUUUUCUUCGAUGGAGAGGAGGCUCUUUUCCAGUGGACCUCCACAGACUCCCUCUAUGGCUCGCGUCACCUGGCCGAGAAGAUGGAGAUCACCCCGCAUCCCGCCGGAGCCACGGACACGAACCAACUGCACGCCAUCGACCUGUUUGUGUUGUUGGAUCUGAUCGGGGGCGCCGGCCCGCGCUUCUACAACCAGUUCCCCAGCACGGCGCACUGGCUCUCCAGACUGCAGAGCAUUGAGACGCGUUUACACUCCAUGAACCAGCUCGUGGAUCAUCCUGACAACGUGCACUAUUUCUGGCCAAAUCAACCCGUUGGCCACAUACAGGACGAUCACAUACCCUUCCUGAGCCGAGGUGUUCCCGUCCUCCACCUCAUCCCCUCCCCCUUCCCGUCGGUGUGGCACACGUUUGAUGACAACGAGCAGAACCUGGAUCGCUCCACCAUUCAGAACCUCAACAAGAUCAUGCAGCUUUUUGUCCUGGAGUACCUCAACGCCAAACCCGCCGUCCCUUCAAACCCACAGAAUGCCCCGUGAGAAAGAAAAAACAAAAAACAAAGGGCACAGUGAUUUGCCAAUUUUGAUGUUUUAGUGUUAUAGAGAUGUUAACCUGUUCCACAGACUGAAAUAACAGACAUUAUUUCAUUUAAACAACAAGAAAAUGUAAUACUGACAAUUAACUCAACGCUGCACAUCAAAUCGGUGCAGCUGCAUAAUAGAUAUAGAUUUAAAAAAAAUUAUUUUGAGGUCUUUAUCUAAUGAUAUUGUUGCUAAUGUGCUUAGAUCGGGCAACAUUAAAUGUAUUUUCUUCCAAAACGGGUUUGCGGAAGACUUUGAGACUGUAGCUUAAUCAUCUCUUCAAGUCCCCAGCAACAACAUCAACACACAGGGCCUUCUGUGUGCGUCUCUUAUCCACACUGCUCCCUUUAUAUCGGCCUGAAGCGCUCCUUCACUCCGUGAUGAGGCCUCCUAGCGUCGAUGCCGAAAAAGAAAGAAAGGGAAAGGGAGCAGUGCGGGCGUGAAGCAAAGUAGUCUUUCUGGACGGGUGUCCUCUCUGUGGUGAAACUGUUUUGGAGCAAACUUGUCAGAGGCAGGAAGUGGGUUCAUCUUUAAGCCCCCCAAUAUCCGUUCCUCUUUUGUUUACGUGGGAUUAUUAGCCCCAUCUAAAUGUAGAUCCUAGAAUAAUAUACACUGCCGAAACUGAACUGAAUUCUGAGGCUGAAAUAAACGUUGUUUCAGAAUACAAGCCAGA